AGAAAAGACAAAAGGCAUAGAACAGGUGUUCUUUAUGAGGCUGGGCUCUGGGCAGGUGCCAAUAGGGGUUAGAGCAGUACCUUUAGGAAUCAGGCCUUGGGAGGUGUCUAGGAAGGUAUUGGGCCAGAGAUCUGAGGUCUUUUCAGGAUCGGGUUCUUGGGCAUAUCUCAGAUGAGGUGUUUCCAGGGUGGUGGUGAUGGUAGGGGAAUCCUGGCUUGAGGCUAGUGGAGGAAGUGGGCUCCCCAUGUGAAGCUGGCCACGAGGAGGAGCAGGGCAGUGAGGAGGGCACUGGGGAGCCGCUGCAGCGCGGUGGCUGUGUUGCACAGGUUCUGCUCACAGCAGUGGUGCUGCAAAGUGUAGGAGCGUGACCAGUAGGUAGCAUGGCCCUGCAGAGGGCACUGGGCUCUUGGGAGGCAGCCUUUCCGCUCAAUGAUCUCAUUCUCUGUGGGACAAAGAAGGAAUGCUGAGGCCCGGGCAGGAAAGAGGCAAGGGCUAUGGGGCAGCAGGAAAAGCAGGAUGGAUGGAUGGAGAUGGGCCAUGGGACCAGAGUCCUACCUGAGGUGCCAAUACUGAUGCCACAAACUUCAUCAUCCUGACACUCGGUGGGAACAGGGUAGCAGGGUUUGGCAAAGCUGCAGGUGUAACAGUGAAGCCGUCCACGGGUGGGGGGCCUGGUGAGACCUGGAGGAUCAGCAGAGAUCAAGAGAGGCCAACAGGCCCGUGAGAGGCUCCAUCCCAGAUAUGCGACAGGGAUUCACAGAGAGAGGAAACUAUAUGAGGUGCUACGACUGCAAAGGAGGCCCCGGCAGUUACUGCAAAGAAACCGUGGCCACCUGCAGGGAAGGAGAGCGCUGUGGCUUCCUGGAGCGCAAACCCCAGCCAGGCCUGGAACAGAACAAGCUGUCCGGAAAUCCCUCAGUGACCUUGAUUCAUCACUAUCCAGCCUGCAUGGCAGCCCAUCAUUGCAAUCAAGUGGAAACAGAGUUGGUGGGAGAUGUGACUUACACAACCCACAGAGACUGCUGCGUCGGAGACCUGUGCAACAGCGCUGUGGCAAACACUGUGGCCCUGCCAUGCUUCCUAGCUGCAACAGUCACCACACUGGCCUGGCUCUUGCCAGUAUUGUAAAGAGGGAAGUAGGCUCGGGGGAAGGGAAGGGAGCAAAGGAGCAAGGGAACAAAGGAGAGCCAAGGUGAGAAGACAAACAGCCCUUUGUGAGCCAUUAAAAUCUAUCCACCAACCUA